AUGCCUCUCGUCCUUCGUCCCGCAAAAGAAGAAGAUAGCCUGAGAAUUGGCUAUAUCGGUGCAGAUGCCUUCCGAGACACCGUUUCCCGAGCGCUGUUCCCGCCGCGCAUGUACGACAAGUCCGAGACUGGAGAUCCUCGACAGGAUGAAGCGCAAUGGAGAGGUCUUAGAAAUGCGGGAAGAAUGAAGAGCGGCAAGAUAACGCAUGUCAUCGUUGACAUCCCAGAGGAUGGCUCGAGCGGUGAAGAAAUCGUGGGCAUGGCGCAAUGGGAACCUCCUUCCCAAGGUUCGGACGCAGCACCGGACGCGAGUACGGAAACCCAGCAGGACGUCCCACCCGGAUCACUCGACCAAGAGGAACUUGCCAAGCUCAUGAAGUUGAUUGAUGAGAUCAGCAUCGAUAUUUUGGGGCCACAAGGACACAGCAACAUUUACUACCUUAUGGUUCUUGCCGUAGAUCCUGCUCAUCAGCGGCGCGGAGUUGGAAAAAUGCUGAUUCGACGCGGGCUAGAACUCGCAGCGGAAGCCGGCAAGGACGCGUUCCUUAUUGCUACCCUUGAAGGCAGGGGUUUGUAUCGAUCGGUUGGGUUUCGCGAUGUGGGAAAGCCGCUUGAUCUCGCCAAUACCCCUCACUAUCCCAUGCUUUGGAAGUAUCCUGGUUCGAACCCAUCAUGA